ACAUCCCCCCCCACCUGGGUAGGUGGGCGGCUGCGCUCGGGCCGCCUGGCUAGGCCGCGGAGGCCGGAUGGGUCAGAGGCCGCGCUUUGAGCCUGGCCCCUACCUCUGCAAACCUCGUUUUUGGGGGGGGGGGCCCUAAAACCAUCUGUCAGUUCGGGGGGGCUUGCAGCUGGCGGGGACGUGUCUGAGCUCCUCACCUUAAUACCAAAGGCUUGACAUGAAAUGAGGUCUUGUGUGCUCUUUGCUGCCACCCCUUUAACACUGAGGCCAAAGACACAGCCGCUCCGGUAAAAAUAAAGAGUUGGGACCAUGGCUAUUGACUGGGUUGGUUUUGCAUAUGCUGCCUUGCUGGCUGUUGGAGGUGUUGUAGCUUACACCCGGAAAGGUAGUAAAAUCUCUUUAGCUGCUGGUCUCACCUUUGGUUCUGUGGCUGGUUAUGGGGCUUACUGCAUAACACGUGAUCCGAGAAAUGUGAAGAUAUCAUUGUUUUCAGCUUUUCUUUUGACCAUUAUAAUGGGAAUGAGGUUCAAGAGGUCCAAGAAAUUAAUGCCAGCUGGACUGGUAGCAUGCCUGAGCCUUUUGAUGAUUUUGAGGCUUGUUUUUAUGCUGCUGUAGGAGAAUUAAGCAACUGAAGGACCAAAUUACAACUGCCAUGCCCACCGAACAAACAGACCUCUCCAGACUUGAAAGACAAGUUUGAACAAAAGUCUUAUAUUGCAUUUAUGUUUUCCGUAAAAGAUCUGUACCUGUAAUUUGAUUUUUGACAUUUACUGGUAUUUUGCAAUCUUUUUUAAAAAAAAACGAAACCAAAUGUUUUGUUGAGGAUAUAUAUUGAUCUGCUUCUGUUUAAGUAGUCUGGUAACUCAAGCUAUCUUUCUCCCUAAGUUUGGUAUUUUUCAGGGCUGCUGAGCACCCCAAGAAAUCAACAUAGUCUUGCAGUGUAUCAAGAGAAUGUAUAUAAAUAUAUGUUUAUGCUAAAAAGGUAUACUGUAUUGAACCAUAAUUUUGUAGCUUCUGAGACUAAUCAAUAUGAAUCAUAUCAUUAGUUACUAAUCAAUAAAAGCAUGGGCCUGUACUGCAUUGCACUAGAAUACCACCCUUCUUUUAGACACACAUAUCUGGUUCCACUUUUUCUAAAUGUAAAAGCUAUUAUCAGUGUUCAAAUAAAACAUAAAAGAAC